UGAUCCUUGAUCCUUGAUCCUUGUCUGUCGUGCUCGUGUCGUCCCUAAGGCGAGUGAUCGCACUCGUAAUCGCAGGAGCAGAUCCCCUUCGUAAUCCUUGAUCCUUGCCUGUCGUGCUCGUGUCGUCCUUAAAAUGUCACUCCUAGUGAAUUGCAACUGACAAGUGAAAACCCCUGAAAUUCAGUUCGCUCCAGUUCAUUUCUUUCUCAAAGGAAACACAAACAUCAUGGUCGGAAAAACGGAGCCCCUCAACGGCACUGCCACCACGAAAACCGGCCAAUCUCCUUCGCCAUCUUCGCCCCAAGCCACAUCUAUGUCAGGUCUCCUCGGCAACUUCUCGUUCAAAACCCUGAAACUGAAGACCAAGCAGCAGGAGCUCCUGAUCCGAGUCUCCAUCCUCUGCUUGGUCUACGUCCUCGCCUUCAUCACCCGCCUCUUCAGCGUCCUCCGCUACGAGUCCAUGAUCCAUGAGUUCGAUCCCUAUUUCAAUUACCGUACUACCCUCUACCUCACCGAGAAGGGCUUCUACGAAUUCUGGAACUGGUUCGACUCUGAGAGUUGGUACCCCUUGGGUCGGAUCAUCGGCGGCACCCUCUACCCUGGCCUCAUGGUCACCGCCGCCAUCAUCUACUGGGCCCUCCGAUUCCUCAGCUUCGCCGUACACAUUCGCGAAGUCUGCGUCAUGACCGCUCCAUUUUUCGCCUCCAACACCACCCUCGUAGCAUAUUUCUUCGGUAAAGAGAUUUGGGACACCGGCGCCGGCCUUGUCGCCGCCGCAUUGAUCGCCAUUUGCCCCGGCUACAUCUCCAGAUCGGUGGCCGGCUCCUACGACAAUGAGGGUGUCGCCAUUUUCGCCCUGUUGCUGACGUUUUACUUGUUCGUCAAGGCCGUCAAUACUGGCUCGCUCGCUUGGGCGUUGGGCUCCGCAUUGGGCUACUUCUACAUGGUCUCGGCCUGGGGAGGUUAUAUCUUUAUAAUCAACUUGAUUCCCCUUUACGUUUUGGUGCUUUUGAUCACCGGGCGAUAUUCCAUGAGGUUGUAUGUCGCCUACAAUUGCACUUAUAUUCUUGGAAUGUUGCUCGCUAUGCAAAUUCGCUUUGUCGGCUUUCAGCACGUUCAGUCUGGGGAGCACAUGGCUGCCAUGGGCGUCUUCUUCUUGAUGCAGGUAUUUUACUUCUUAGAUUAUGUCAAGCACCUACUAAGUGACUCUAAGAUGUUUCAAGCCUUUUUAAGGAUCACUGUCACCUGCGCUGUAGGCGUUGGUGGUGUUGCCUUGGGAGUCGGCACUGCAUCUGGCUAUAUCUCUCCAUGGACAGGGCGGUUUUAUUCCUUGCUAGACCCAACAUAUGCCAAGGAUCACAUUCCUAUUAUUGCAUCUGUCUCUGAGCACCAACCGACGGCUUGGUCAUCUUUUAUGUUCGAUUUUCAUAUCUUGCUCUUCCUUUUCCCUGCCGGUCUCUACUUCUGCUUCAAGCGUUUGUCAGAUGCCACCAUAUUUGUGGUAAUGUAUGGUCUUACAAGCAUGUACUUUGCUGGUGUCAUGGUUCGGUUGAUUCUUGUUGCCACACCUGCAGUUUGUCUUAUUAGUGCCAUUGCUGUCUCCGCGACUAUAAAGAAUUUGACACAGUUGGCAAGGGCAAAGGACAAGGUUUCCCAAACUGGUUCCACCAAAGGCGCCAGCAGCACAAAGGGUUCUUCAAAGGGUUCAAUUGAUCAAUCUCAGCCUUUUCAAAAAAAUGGUGCUCUUGUCUUACUCUUUGGUGCAUUCUACUUGCUUAGUAAGUAUGCAACUCACUGUACCUGGGUCACGUCAGAGGCAUACUCAUCUCCCUCAAUUGUUCUGGCUGCGAGGGGUGCCCAUGGGAACAGGGUCAUAUUUGAUGAUUACCGUGAGGCAUACUUUUGGCUUCGUCAGAAUACUCCUCCAGAUGCUAAAGUGAUGUCAUGGUGGGAUUAUGGGUACCAAAUCACUGCAAUGGGAAACAGAACUGUUAUAGUGGACAAUAACACCUGGAACAAUACGCACAUUGCUACAGUUGGGCGUGCAAUGUCAUCUUAUGAAGAUGAGGCAUAUGACAUAAUGAGAUCGCUUGACGUCGACUAUGUCUUAGUUGUAUUUGGUGGUGUUACUGGUUAUUCUUCUGAUGAUAUCAACAAAUUUCUGUGGAUGGUGAGAAUUGGGGGUGGAGUAUUUCCUGUGAUUAAGGAACCUGAUUACCUUGUUAAUGGUGAAUAUCGUGUUGACAAAGGUGCAGCUCCCAAGAUGUUGAACUGUCUCAUGUACAAGCUGUCUUACUAUCGAUUUGGAGAGCUGACGACAGAGUAUGGCAAACCACCUGGGUAUGAUCGUGCACGGGGGGUUGAAAUUGGAAAUAAGGAUAUCAAACUUGAAUACCUGGAAGAGGCAUUCACAACAUCGAAUUGGAUUGUUCGUAUUUACAAAGUGAAACCACCAAAUAAUAGGUGGUAAGCCCGGCUCUCUUGCGGCUACAAGGAAGGAAGGAAAGGACAAUAGUGAAGGAACAUGGGUAGAUGAAAGGCGGAGAGAUUGGAGUCUUGAGAUAUAGUUUUCAGAGAUAGUAAAAGCGUAAUUUUCUUUUCUUAGACUUGGUUUGUGGCACUGAAGUUACUGAUCUCAUCCGGAACCCUUAAUUGGAAGGCCGUCUUUUUGCCUCUGAAUUACAACGGUUUUGUUCAUUGUAUCGUUGAGAGAUUUUACAAUGUAACAUUUGAGCAGUUUUCAUUUAAGUCGUACUAUAAAUUGUUAAAUUUAGCGCGUUAUCAUAA